ACAUACAGACUCACACUCUCUACUUAGUCACUAAGUCAUCCACUACCUCGUAUUUCUCUCUUUGACAGCAGCAGAAACUCACCCUGAUUAACUGAACAAACACACUAUACGCCAACCAUUCAGACCGAGCAGUCGGGCCAGAGAUUAAAGCCUCAACAUGAGUGAUGUAAAGGCCAUGAUGGCUCGCUUCCAGGCAGGUGAAGCCAGCGCUGACGAAACUUCCUCCACAACGACGGGCCAUCCCAAAAAACCCCUGCACCCCACCCUCUCCUUUGGCCCAACCAUACCGACAAAGAAACCUCACCUGGAAAGCCUUUCAAGCAGUGCGAUAAAUGUCCCUCCUAAACCUCCUUCUUAUCUGAAAAGUACCGCUUCGUCUAAGAGUGACACAGACGCACAUGAACCACACAAACCUAAAGUCCUGGCUAGCCGGUUCGGAAGCAACCAGGACAACACCAACACCAGUAGCAAACCUUUUAUUGGUAGUAAACAGCAUGUACCCUUUAAAACGCCUAUUUCACAGGCCUCUGAAAGUAAAGGCACUCUUCAGAAGCCUCCUUUCAACAAGCCCUCCCUCAGCCACACCAUGUCUGACUCCAAACCCACCUUUCCUAAACCCUCCACAGCAGUGGUCUCCAAGCCCAACUGGCUCAAAGAAGACAGCGCAGGAGGUGUAACCAGUUCCGCACCACACAAACUUCCUUUACAGCAAAAACCGAGCAGCAGCUUUGGAAAGUUACGGCAGCACAAUGAAGAGACCGUGGGAUCCAACGUGGACCCAGCAAAUAAGCCUACUUUGCCAAACUCUGAUAUGAAGCCCCCUUCCAACUUCAGGAAUGCUCAGAAUAUGUUCAACAAGGAGAAGGAGAAGACUGACCCGCCUGAUAGCGACGUGAAAAUAGAUGGAGCCAAGAAGCCACCCCUUGCUGCCACUAACUCCACCCCACCUCCCAAACCUCUAGCUAGUAAAAAACCCAGCAUUAAGAAGCCAUCUCAGACCUCACUUCAGACCACCAGGGUUAAAGGUGAUGCUACUUCAGGCCCAAAGCGUAACCCCCUCCCCAACAGCUUAGCCUUGGGCCAUGCUCCUGCAAAGCCUAACCGACCCCCCCAAGUCAACCUGGAGAACUUUAAAAGAGGUGCUGAGGCCCUAAAUGAUGGUCCUGGCACCUUUAAGAAACCCCUCAUCCCGACCUCUCACCCCAGUAACAAUAGUAACCAUGUGACCCCAACUCAACCUCCACAGCCUGCACUUCCUAGUCUGCCUCCACGUCAUCCUGGAGCCAUGGCUCAGCAAGAUGACUUCUAUGAUGAUGUUGAUGAAUUCAGCAGCCCUCCCCCUCCUCCUCUACCAUCAUCUACAGGCCAUCCAAGUCAGAAGGCAAAGGUGGAAAGUGUCAGUGAUGAUGGAGAGAUGUAUGAGGAUCUUGAUGAACGAUGGGAAGCAGUUGAACAGAAACUAGAAAAGACGAAAGAGAAAGAGGAUAAAGAGGAGAAGAAACGUCUGGAGGCUGAGAGGAAAGAGCAGAAGGAACGUGAGAAGAAGGAACAAGAUGCAAGAAAGAAAUUCAAAUUGGUUGGUCCCCUGGAGGCGAUUCAACAAGGGAAAGCCUGUGUGGAUUGUCGAGGCAACAAGACCGACCUAGCUCUGAAGCAAGGAGACAGUCUGGACAUCAUCCGCGUCCAUGGCAACCCAGAAGGGAAAUGGCUGGGUCGGACACAGGAUGGAUCCAUUGGUUAUGUAAAAACGACUUCAGUGGAAAUUGACUUUAACUCGCUGAAGAAUCACAAAGCUCAGCAGGCCUACGACCCUGAGGUAUAUGAUGACAUCGACGUGGCCUCUCAUGACAACAGCGGGCUCAAAGGACCAGGAGUUGUCCUACCCCCGCUACCAGAAGAUGGAGGAGAAAUAUAUGACGAUGUAAUUGAUCCAAACCUGGAAGUCAGUCCCCUGGAUCCCAGGUCUUCUCCUACAAAGCCUCGAGGCUUCCUGCGGAUGUUCGAGCGGAGUAAACGCCCUGUCAGCACUAAAGUAGUGCCUCCACCCAGCCAGUUCACUGCAGAGGGGAACGCAGAUCAGCAGGGAGCAGCAAUUGACGAGGAGAUAUACGAUGACGUUGACUCGCAAACUUUGCCUCCCCUUCCUCCAGUCAGCAGCCUUCCAACCCUUAAAAGCAAACGACAGACUGAGGAGCUGGACUCAAAGAAGCAGAAAAAGUUUGAAAAAGAGGAGAAGGACUUCAGGAAGAAGUUUAAAUAUGAUGGGGAGAUCCAGGUGUUGUACCAGGUCAACAUAAUCCCGACGUUAAACAAUAAGAAGUGGGGCGGGAAAGACCUUCAAGUCAGAGCAGGAGAGAAACUGGACGUCAUGGUUAAAGCUGUGGACGACAAACUGAUCUGUCGAAACGAGGACGGCAAGUUCGGUUAUGUGUUGACCAGCCACAUUGUUAAUGACGAUGGAGAUAUCUACGAUGAUAUUGGAGAUGAUUGCAUCUAUGACAACGACUAAAUAACCAUCCUGCACUGGGUUUAUUGUUGCACCCUGAAAUGUUCACGUUAUUUAUUUUGUCAGUUGGUGGUUAACAUCUGGAGCUAAUUAUUGAUAUUCAGAUUGUAUUGCUAUUGUAAAUAAUUACUUUGUCAUUUAUUUAUCUAAAUUUAAAUGUCUGGAUAAAUUGGACUGUUGGGUGUCAUUCAGAGGUCUGGGUUGAGCCUAGUUCGAUUUUAUUUGAACAAUGUGAUUUUUUCAAAUUGCAAAAUCAAAAACAUAAUUUAUAAUAAGAUAUUUUACGAUUAGUCUUUUUCCUGCAACAUCUCAACAAAGUCGUUCUUUUCAACAUUCAACAGUAUUUGCAAAUGUUCCUUGUUUUCACAAUUUUUACAAAUUCAACAGCUCUGUAUGUACAUUUAUUGUAAUUUCAUUUAUUGUAUUCUAAAGUUUGAAUAUAGCCAUAUAUCUAAAUCAAAUAUGUAAACAUUAUUUGCAUUGGUACUUAUUUCUGCUUAUUAUAUUUAUAUGUCUUUUUUAAUUCUAUAUUCUAUAGGCCUAUAUAUAUAUAUUUCUAUAUUUACGACUUCUAUAUUGUGUUUGAGAGCUACUGUUACGACCAAAUUCCCCGCCUGGGAUUAAUAAAGUAUUUCUGAUUCUG